UCUAACAGUGUCUCUGAUGGUUCCAGUAGAAACAAUGAACUGGUGUCAGAGACGAUCAGCAACUGGGAUCUGAUGGAAGCUUUUCUGUUUGUUCUGAGAGGAAGAGGAAGAUGAUGAUGAAGAUUAUGAUGGUCCUCCUGCUCAUUUCCCAGCAUGCUCUGGGUGGAGUGGUGGAGGUUAACGAGGGGGCGGAGUCUGUCCUGCUGCCCUGCAUUUACUCUGAUAUUCAACCUGAAGACCCGUUCCUCAUCUGGACUCGCAGUGAUCUCAGUCCUAACUCUGUCCACCUACGGAGAGAAAAUGGUGACGAUCUUAAAAACCAGAACCAGCGUUUCAGAAACCGGACCUCCAUGAAUCCUGACGCUCUGGAUACUGGAAACUUCAGCCUGACUCUGAGGAAACCUGAGCAGGAUGAUGGAGGAAACUACAGCUGCAGCAUCUCUGAUGGAAUAAAAGAACUGAACCUGAAACAGAUUCACCUGAAGGUCAAAGCUGAUCAGCAGGAGGUCAAGGUCACUGAAGGGUCAGAUUCUGUCGUCCUGCCCUGCAGAACAUCAUCCCUCCUUCCUGAGGACACGUCAGUGGAGUGGACCCGGUCAGAACCAGAAUUUAUGAUGGUCCACUCAAGCAGCAACCAAAGAAACCAGGACGGUUUUUACCGGGACCGAACAGAGAUGAGCAAAGACUUCCUGAGGACCGGAGACGUCAGCCUGACCCUGAGGAAGCCCAGAGACGGAGAUGAUGGACGCUACGUCUGCACCGUCCACAGAGACCAGGACGUCCUGAGACAGACUGUGGUUCUGAAAUAUGUCAAAGAACCGUUUCCUUCCUGGGCCUCAGCUCUGCUGGUUCUGCUGGUUCUGGUUCUCAUCGUCUCUGCAGGCGUUUUCUAUCAUUUUAAAGAUUAUUUCCUGAAAGCUCCACUGGUGAAGGUGGAUUCAGGGGUGAAGUUUGUCCUGCUGCCCUGCAGAACCAAAGUCUGCCUGCCUGGAGGCGCUAGAGUGGAGUGGAGGGACGGAGAGAACAGGACGGUCCAUGUGUAUCGGAACGGUUCUGAUGAUCCUGAGGAACAGAACCUGACCUACAGCAACAGAACCAGGAUGAAUGACGACCCACUGAAGACUAAAGACCUCAGUCUGACUCUGGAAAGUCCCUCAGUUACAGACAGCGGGAUCUACACCUGCAGAGUCGGGAACCGAGUCAUCCUGAUGAUGAAACGGGUUCAUCUCCAGGUCAAAGAUAUUGUUGGUCAGUAUCAGCCUGACCUUAAAGCAUCUCUGAAGAAGAAGUUCCAGAGUCUCUCUGAAGGCGUCGCUGAACCUGGAAAUCAAACGUUUCUGAACCAGAUCUACACAGAGCUCCACAUCACAGAGGGGUUAACUAGAGAGGUCAACCAGGAACAUGAGGUCAGACGGAUUGAAACAGCAUCCAGGAAACAAGAAACAAUCAGGAGAGAAGACAUCUUUAAAGCCCCACCUGGGAGUGAUCAACCAAUCAGAACAGUGAUGACCAUGGGAGUGGCUGGCAUUGGGAAAACACUGUUAACACAGAAGUUCACUCUGGACUGGGCUGAAGGCAGAACCAACCAGAACAUCCAGUUUAUAUUUCCAUUCACUUUCAGAGAGCUGAAUGUACUGAAAGAAGAAACCAGUUUGGUGGAACUGAUUCAUCACUUCUUUCCUGAAACCAAAGGAAUCAGCAGCUUUAAAAAGUUUCAGGUUCUGUUCAUCUUUGAUGGUCUGGAUGAAAGUCGACUUCCUCUGGACUUUCACAAGACUAAAAUAUUAAUUGAACCUGAAAAGUCCACCUCACUGGAUGUUCUGCUGACAAACCUCAUCAGGGGGAACCUGCUUCCCUCUGCUCUCCUCUGGAUAACCACACGACCUGCAGCAGCCAAUCAGAUCCCUGCUGAGUGCGUUGGCAUGGUAACAGAGGUCAGAGGGUUCACUGACCCCCAGAAGGAGGAGUACUUCAGGAAGAGAUUCAGAGGUGAUGAAGAGAAGGCCAGCAGGAUCAUCUCCCACAUCCAGAAAUCAAAAAGUCUCCACAUCAUGUGUCACAUCCCAGUUUUCUGCUGGAUCACUGCUAAAGUUCUGGAGGAUGUGAUGGAGACCAGAGAGGGAGGAGAGCUGCCCAAGACCCUGACUGAGAUGUACAUAGAGUUCCUGCUGGUUCAGCUCAAAAUCAAGGAGGAAAAGUUUGAUGGACGACGAAAGACAAAAAGUAUCUGGAGUCCAGAGAACAGGAAGCUGAUUGAGUCUCUAGGAAGACUGGCUCUAGAUCAGCUGCUGGAGGGAAACCUGGUCUUCUAUGACAAAGAUCUUGAUAAAUGUGAAUACAAUGAAACAUCUCUAGAUGACUUCAUGAAGAAAGUCAUGGAUAAAUCCCUCAGCAGUAAAAAUGGCCACCUGGACCUGUUUGUCCGCUUCCUUCAUGGUCUCACUGUGGAGUCCAACCAGAGACUCUUAGAAGAUCUGCUGGGUCAGACAGAGAACCGUCCAGAAACCAUCCAGAGAAUGUUAAACGAAAUAAAGACAAUAUUCACUGGUUAUAACUCUCAUGACAGAAUCAUCACCAACCUGAAGGAGAUGAACACUUAUAGUAUCUCUGCUGACAGAAACAUCAACAUCUUCUACUGUCUGGUGGAGAUGAACGACGUCUCAUUUUAUCAGGAGAUACAAUGGCUGCUGGAUUCAGGGAAGAAACUCUCAGUGACUGACUGUUCAGCUCUGGUCUUCAUGCUGCAGAUGUCAGAGAUUCUACAUGAGUUGGACCUGGAGAAGUACAACACAUCAGAUAGAGGACGACAGAGACUGGUUCCAGCUGUGAGGAACUGCAGAAAGGCUCGAGUUGGUGGCUGUUCGCUCCCAAAGGCUCAAUGUGAGGGUGUGGCCUCAAAUCUGAAGUUCAACCCAGAUCUGACUGAACUGGAAAUAAGUCAGAUCAACAUAUAUGGAGCUGGAGACUCUGAUAUGAAGAAUGUGUCUGAGAUCCUGCAGAUUUCAGUCAGUAAAGUGAAGGAACUGAGGUUUGUUUUCUCUAUUUAUACAAUAAAAUCAUUCAUUGAUACUUUAAUCCUUAGUUUAAUU